AGGUGUUCAGACGUUCCUGAGUACUGGACAGACCAUAUUUUCCAGAAUACAUUGACAAGGGAUCAAUCAGGCUGCAUUCAAGUACAAAUAUGUGACAACCACAACAUUGUGAGUGCCAAAAUGGCAAAGACCUUCUCAUAUCGAAGACAAGAUGUCGUUCAGGCCCUUCCUGUGAAGGACUUCAAAGAAUGAAUGGCCAGCCCUGUUUGAGCCCACUCAGGAAGCAAAUUUGGCAAAGAUUGGGUGUUCAUACCUCUGCCCUCUGUCUGAAGCAGUGUACUCGUUCCAGUUGGAUUUUGACGAUAGCUUGGCGUGUCAUCUGAAGCGCUGUAAGGAGGAACUCUGUAACUACAGAUUCAGAAACUUCUCCUUCUUUCUCUUGGAUACCUAAAAACGCCAAGGAGUGUGGAGAUGUAUCUCAGAUCUACCUGUCUGUCUCUCUCUUCCUCACCUGUCUCACUGCCUCCUUCACCUGUCUCAAGGCCUCCACGCUGGUUUUCCGAUGACAGACAGCUACCUAGCCUAAACCCCGCCCCCUUCUGAAUCGGUAUCUCCCUGGAAUGUUCCAGAAUGCCUGAACUUAGCGCCUGCUGCUGUUUGUCAUCUUUAUCAAUCAAUAUGACUAUAUGAUUUAAGUAAUGAUAUUGAUCAUUUUGGCUGUUGGACUGAGAGGAAUAAGCUGUUGACUGACUCCAUGAUUGAUGACUUUACAAUCACAGAGAGAUGUUGACUUCAGAUGUUUGAUGACUUUCAACCACCAAAGUUGUGCUUCUUUGGACAACCGUUCUAAAACCAUGAAAGGGCUUUUUGGUUUCUUCAUCAUUUAGUGUCUUAUAAGAGAACAAUGGUUGAAGGAACAACGUUACAAUGUGAUGGACUACUAGGUGGAACAGCCAUUCUGUUAGAAGGAACAACGUUACAAUGUGAUGGACUACUAGGUGGAACAACCAUUCUGUUAGAAGGAACAACGUUACAAUGUGAUGGACUACUAGGUGGAACAACCAUUCUGUUAGAAGGAACAACGUUACAAUGUGAUGGACUACUAGGUGGAACAACCAUUCUGUUAGAAGGAACAACGUUACAAUGUGAUGGACUACUAGGUGGAACAACCAUUCUGUUAGAAGGAACAACGUUACAAUGUGAUGGACUACUAGGUGGAACAACCAUUCUGUUAGAAGGAACAACGUUACAAUGUGAUGGACUACUAGGUGGAACAACCAUUCUGUUAGAAGGAACAACGUUACAAUGUGAUGGACUACUAGGUGGAACAACCAUUCUGUUAGAAGGAACAACGUUACAAUGUGAUGGACUACUAGGUGGAACAGCCAUUCUGUUAGAAGGAACAACGUUACAAUGUGAUGGACUACUAGGUGGAACAACCAUUCUGUUAGAAGGAACAACGUUACAAUGUGAUGGACUACUAGGUGGAACAGCCAUUCUGUUAGAAGGAACAACGUUACAAUGUGAUGGACUACUAGGUGGAACAACCAUUCUGUUAGAAGGAACAACGUUACAAUGUGAUGGACUACUAGGUGGAACAGCCAUUCUGUUAGAAGGAACAACGUUACAAUGUGAUGGACUACUAGGUGGAACAACCAUUCUGUUAGAAGGAACAACGUUACAAUGUGAUGGACUACUAGGUGGAACAACCAUUCUGUUAGAAGGAACAACGUUACAAUGUGAUGGACUACUAGGUGGAACAGCCAUUCUGUUAGAAGGAACAACGUUACAAUGUGAUGGACUACUAGGUGGAACAACCAUUCUGUUAGAAGGAACAACAUUACAAUGUGAUGGACUACUAGGUGGAACAGCCAUUCUGUUAGAAGGAACAACGUUACAAUGUGAUGGACUACUAGGUGGAACAGCCAUUCUGUUAGAAGGAACAACGUUACAAUGUGAUGGACUACUAGGUGGAACAGCCAUUCUGUUAGAAGGAACAACGUUACAAUGUGAUGGACUACUAGGUGGAACAGCCAUUCUGUUAGAAGGAACAACGUUACAAUGUGAUGGACUACUAGGUGGAACAGCCAUUCUGUUAGAAGGAACAACGUUACAAUGUGAUGGACUACUAGGUGGAACAACCAUUCUGUUAGAAGGAACAACGUUACAAUGUGAUGGACUACUAGGUGAAACAACCAUUCUGUUAGAAGGAACAACGUUACAAUGUGAUGGACUACUAGGUGAAACAACCAUUCUGUUAGAAGGAACAACGUUACAAUGUGAUGGACUACUAGGUGGAACAACCAUUCUGUUAGAAGGAACAACGUUACAAUGUGAUGGACUACUAGGUGAAACAACCAUUCUGUUAGAAGGAACAACGUUACAAUGUGAUGGACUACUAGGUGGAACAACCAUUCUGUUAGAAGGAACAACGUUACAAUGUGAUGGACUACUAGGUGGAACAGCCAUUCUGUUAGAAGGAACAACGUUACAAUGUGAUGGACUACUAGGUGAAACAACCAUUCUGUUAGAAGGAACAACGUUACAAUGUACACCCCGAGAGCUUCUGGUCAGCGGGGUGGUGGCACCGGGAUCCUCAUCUCUCCCAAGUGGUCAUUCUCUCUUUCUCCCCUUACCCAUCUGUCUAUCGCCUCCUUUGAAUUUCAUGCUGUCACAGUUACCAGCCCUUUCAAGCUUAACAUCCUUAUCAUUUAUCGCCCUCCAGGUCCCCUCGAGAGUUCAUCAAUGAGCUUGAUGUCUUGAUAAGCUCCUUUCCUGAGGACGGCUCACCUCUCACAGUUCUGGGCGACUUUAA